AAGGGCGACCACGUUAUCGGCAUAGUGACGGCCAAAGUGGGAGACCUGUUCAAACUGGACGUCGGCGGCAGCGAGCAGGCAUCGCUGUCCUAUCUGGCCUUCGAAGGCGCCACGAAGAGGAACAGGCCGAAUGUGCAGGUGGGAGAUCUUAUUUACGGUCAGUUCCUUGUAGCAAAUAAAGACAUGGAACCAGAGAUGGUCUGUAUAGAUGGCAGUGGAAAAUCAAGUGGAAUGGGAAUAAUUGGACAAGAUGGAUUCCUCUUUAAAGUUUCCUUAGGCCUAAUAAGAAAACUCUUGGCUCCCAAAUGUGAAAUAAUUCAGGAGCUGUCACAAUUGUACCCGUUUGAACUGGUGCUGGGAAUGAACGGAAGAAUAUGGGUGAAAGCAAAAACAGUUCAACAGACUUUAAUUAUAGUAAAUAUUUUGGAAGCCUGUGAGUAUAUGACUGCAGAACAGAGAAGACAAGCGCUGGCCAGAUUGUCAGGGAACUGAUGAAAGCCUUGAAGAUGUGUUUGCGAUGACUCUAGGGUGUUUUGGUUAUUUUUGUAUUCAGAUUUAUAUUAAAAGCCA